AUGAGUACCAACGAUACCCCCUCCGAUCAUCCGCUCUCCGUCCCGGCGGCCUGUCCUCGACAUUCUCCUUCGCCCGAAAGCCAGCAGCAGCAUCAGCUCUCGGCAAGGCUUCGCCGCAUCUCGAAUCGAUCUGCUCCUCCUGCUCCAGGUCAUCCGCUCGACUUCGAUACUAUGGGUGGAGGCGGCGAGCUCAAGGGCUAUGGCUCUUCCUACCCCGUCUUCGCCGAGCGGCCCGUCGGCGUGCCAAAGACGAGCAUUCUCAAGGGCCGCAUUGAACCGUUCUAUAAGUCAGGACAGUACUAUAAGGUGAACCUGCAGGCGAACAUGUACAAUGCCAGGUACUCGGGUAAGCCUCACGUUCAACUCUCCGUCUGGGAUGCACCAGAUCUCUCUCGCCCAACCUUUGAUGAGGCUGUGCGGCACGAAUUCAGAGAGACUCACACUGGUACCUCGUUCGGCCCAUCAUGGUCCACCCAUUGGUUCAAGGUGGUACUGCGCAUCCCCGAUGACAUUAAGGACGAGGAGCUCAUUGAGCUUCACUGGGAUGCCAGCAACGAGGGCACCAUUUGGACCGAGGAUGGUGUCCCCAUUCAAGGCCUCACUGGCAGCGGAGAGCGCAUCGAAUGGAUCAUCCCCGACUCGUUCCGCGACGGCGAGGAGCACACCAUCUACAUUGAGAUGGCUUGCAACGGCAUGUUUGGAAAUGCUCCUAACGGUACCACCACCAUUGCACCGCCGGAUCCUAACAGGCGAUUCAAUCUCUCCAAGGCCGACAUUGUCGCCAUCAACGUUCCGGCUCGCAAGCUCCAUAUAGAUAUGUGGGAACUUGGCGAUGCUGCUCGGGAGCUCCCCGAGAACUCGGCUGAACAGAACCAUGCCCUCUCGGUCGCUAUGAAGAUCAUCAACACCUUUGAGGUGAACAACCAGGAGUCUAUCCUCAAAUGUCGCGAGAUUGCCCGAGAGAUCCUUGGUCCUGAUGUCGACUCUCACAAGGUAUACGAGGUGGGCAAGGAGCCCGUCGUCUUCGGAAUUGGCCACUGCCACAUCGACAGCUGCUGGCUCUGGCCCUGGGCCGAGACGAGGCGCAAGGUUGUCCGCUCCUGGACGAACCAGUGCGAUCUCAUGGAUCGUUACCCAGAGGCUACCUUUGCCUGCUCACAGGCGCAGCAGUACAAGUGGCUCAAGCAAGAUUAUCCUGCGGCGUACGAACGAGUCAAGCGCAAGGUCAAGGAGGGCCAGUUCAACCCCAUCGGCGGCAGCUGGGUUGAGCACGACACCAACAUGCCCAGCGGCGAAUCACUUGUUCGCCAGUUCUUUUACGGUCAACGAUUCUUCGAGGCCGAGUUUGGUUCCCGAUGCCGAACCUUCUGGCUGCCCGACACGUUUGGAUACUCGAGCCAGCUCCCUCAACUGUGCCGCCUGGCCGGCAUGGAUCGCUUCAUGACCCAGAAGCUGAGCUGGAACAAUAUCAAUAACUUUCCUCACACUACGUUCAUGUGGGUAAGUCCCGAUGGAAGUCAGGUCAUUUGCCACAUGCCUCCUUCCGAGACUUAUACCGCCAAUGCCGACUUUGGUGAUUUGAAGAGAAGCAUCGCCAACCACAAGACCAUGCGCGUCGAUAGCUCAUCUCUGCUUGUCUUUGGCAAGGGUGACGGUGGCGGUGGCCCUACCUGGCAGCAUUUCGAGAAGCUCCGACGAUGUGCUGGCAUCAGCAACACUGUUGGUGGCAUUCCCAAGCUCAAGCUUGGUGCAACAGUUGAUGACUUCUUUGAUCGCCUCAACCACAAGGCCAGUGAGUUCCCUACCUGGUACGGCGAGCUGUACUUUGAGCUUCAUCGUGGCACAUACACGACUCAGGCGAACAACAAGUUCUAUAACCGCAAGGCCGAAGUCCUGCUGCGAGAUCUUGAGCAGCUAGCCACGAUUGCGUCGCUUAAGAACAAGUCGUACAAGUACCCAACAAAGGAUCUGGAUGACAUGUGGGAGUCAGUUCUGCUCUGCCAGUUCCACGACUGUCUUCCAGGAAGCAGCAUUGAGAUGUGCUACGACGACUCUGAUAAGGUCUAUGCUGAAGUCUUCGAGACUGGCAAGCGUCUACUGAAGGAAUUGUACGACUCUCUUGCCGUAUCUGAGGGCGUCACCAGCUCUCUUCGCGAGUCAGUGGCCAUCAACACUCUCCCUUGGCACCGAAAGGAACUUGUCGAGAUCUCCAAGUCUGAGGUCGGUGUUGCAUGCGGCGAUGGUCAGUUGUUGGCUCUCCGCACGUUUAAGGCCCAGGGGGACAUGCCAGCUGUCACUGUCAUGGAGAAGUCGCCAGAUGUCUUUGUCUUGCAAAACAACCAGCUUCGCGUCGUUGUCGAGGAUGGCGUCAUCACAUCCCUUCACGAUCUUGUCAAUGACCGCGAGGUCAUCGAGAAGGGCGGCAAGGCCAACAAGUUUGUCAUCUUUGACGAUAUUCCACUCUAUUGGCAGGCAUGGGAUGUAGAGGUCUACCACCUCGACGCUCGCCGACAGGUUGAAUAUGGCAAGACCAAGAUCUUUGAGCAAAAGCCUCAUCGCGUCACCUUGGUCACCGAUAUGAAGAUCAGCAAGGACAGCUCUAUCAAGUCUUACAUCACCCUCUCAGCGGCCCUUGAUGGACAGCCCUCUCAGGUUGACUGCUCAGCCGAGGUCGACUGGCAUGAGGAUUCCAAGUUCCUCAAGGUCGAAUUCCCUGUCGACAUUGUCAACACCGAAGCCUCGUACGAGACAGCCUUUAGCAUCACCAAGAGGCCAACUCACUACAACACAAGCUGGGACAUGGCCAAGUUUGAGGUGUGCUGCCACAAGUUUGCUGAUCUCUCCGAGAGCAACUAUGGUGUGUCGAUCCUCAACGACAGCAAGUACGGGUUCGCGACGGCUGGCAAGACGAUGCGUCUGUCACUCCUUCGUUCCCCCAAGGCCCCCGAUGCCAAUGCCGAUAUGGGACAACAUUCCAUUAGAUGGGCCAUUUUCCCACACAAGGGCAGUCUAUCGUCGGCCACCGUCAAGGCUGCGUACGCUCUGAACAACCCCCUGAAGCCUCUUUCAGCCUCGCAGGCUACCAUCAAGAGCAUCUCUGGUGCACCCAUCAAACUGGUGAACACUGAUGAAUCUGAUUCACUUGUUCUGGACACCAUCAAGCGAGGACAUGACGACGCAGAUGUCAGCCGCGACGAGGGUCUGCACUUCGGCCGAGGCCGGAGCAUCAUUUGCCGUGUAUACGAGUCUCUGGGUGGGCGCAGUCGCGGCAUCAUCCAGACGUCGUUUGACGUCAAGCGGGUCACCAAGACCAAUAUCCUGGAAGAUGAAUUGGAAGAGAUCCAGCACUCCGACGGCAAGAUACCCAUUGAGUUGCGGCCAUUCGAGGUUGCAACCUACAAGCUCGAGUUGUAG